CAUGGUAGAACAACAAAGUGAUCACUCGGCUAGAAAGACUGGCUACACUAUGCAGCGGUAAAGCUAUAAGCAAAUUCACAUUAUUGUGUGGCCCGACUUCCCUGUUGUUGGAGUAUGUAAAUUCGCGGGAACACACUGCAGACGAGCACAACUUUUACACAUCAGAUGAUUAGCGUCUUAUUACUGGUGUCUCAUUUUGUGAUUCAGGUGUCUCGAUUGUGUUCAUGACAGUUCACACGCCACAACCAGUGCUCUAUUCCAACUGACAAUAUAGGAAUUUUACUGUCUCCUCAUCUACACAUUGAGCAAUGGAAAUGAUAAAUAGCCGGAUGUGAAGUGAUGUUGUCAAUUAGCUGACAUCAACAGGUUGAUGCAUGGAGCUAGUGCCUUAAUGUUCUUGAACUCUGGGCGGAAACACGAAUAAUUAAACUCCAUGCUCAUUUCCGACGGUAUGAGAGCACACUUGUAUUGAUGAGGUUGAUUGCAUCUCAUCAGCUCUAAGAAGAAUAUUCUUUUAUUUUCGAGAAUUGCGAAGUUGCUCCUUGUCUCUGGGUGAGCCCAGGCAUCAUCGAUAUUAGCCACAAUGUUACUUGGGACGGUUCAGAUGUCCGGUGAGAACCUCUCGUCGACUGAUGCCCGGGACAUCAGCGAGUCGCUCCGGCAGGACUCCAUCAAGCUUCUCUCGCUGCGGGGCUGCCGGAUGGCCGACCGGCACUACCGACGAAUGGUGGAUGCGGUGGCCGGUUGCAAGUCCAUCUCGCAACUCAACCUCAACCUGGGGGUGGUGUGCAGCAGGGAGAGGGUCAGACUCCUCGCCUCGGCACUUACGACCAACAAGUCUCUGACUGGCUUAUUUUUGCACGGAUCGCCACUUGGAGAUGAUGGCCUGGCGUUGCUGAUUGAUUCAUUGUCUCAACAUCCGGGACUCACUUCCCUCGAUCUUGGUGAUUGUCGCCUUGGUGACAGAGGUAUCCAGAUGCUGUGUCGUCUGCUUCCUGCCAAAGGCACCAGACCAGGCUUGAAGGAGCUAACGCUGAGCGCAAACCCCGCCGUGACUCCGAUGGGUUGGGCCUACCUAGCCGUAGCCAUAUCCUCCGAUAGCUGUCUACGAGUCCUCAACGUGGACUACAACCGGCUGGGGGAUACCGGGGUCAGCAUGUUAGCCGUAUCCGCUGCGUCCUGUAAGACACUGGAGGUCUUGGACUUGGAGAGCGUCGGGGCGUCUGACCAAGGAGCCAAGGUUCUCUUGACUCUGCUCAGCGGUUUUUCCAGAGCUCUCACCGACGUCGUGGUAAAGGACAACAACAUCAACACCGACAUCGAGCGGGAACUGGCCCAGCGCCUCGGCCAAGACCACAUAUCGGCCGACAGUAGUUCCAGUGACUCUGAACAGAGCGCAGACGAUGCUCCGUCCCCUGGUGGUACGGGCAGGUACCGCUUGAAGCUGAAGAAGCGGUCCGGACGCGGCGGCUCGGCGGACGGCGUGCGGCGGGCGGUGUCUCUGGGAAACAGUCCCCGGGACGAGCAGCUGCGCUCGGUCGAACGGACCGCCAUGCGCCUGCUGAAGAGAACCAAGUCCAGCGAGGGGGUGCUCCUGAGGAAGAGGAGGCUCCUGAAACAGGAGGACCAUCUUUCUGAGUCCGACUUGGACAGCUCGGAGGAGGAGAUCAGUCUUUAUAUGUCCAACAUGGACAUCGAAAGGACGGAGGGAAACCCCCACGCUGACACGAUCGACAAGACUGUUUGUUCGUUACCCGUGACGUCAAUUAUGACUUCAUCUCUGCCACAGGAAUGACGUGUACAGACUGUUGCCCUCGGAAAAGACACUUAAUUCGUGCCUUGUGCGUCUUUUCGGCGCGUUUUUGUGUUACACUUGUUGCCUUAUGCGUCACUUUGGCGCUGAUUGAUUUGUAUAAAGAUGUCGUCAUAAAACAGUUCCAAAGGAAUUAUGGAACCAGUUGCGAAAUCGUUCAGGAAUGGGGAGUGGCUCUGGCCUUUACUCUUAGUGCAUUUUGCCCCACAUAUAGCAAAGAUGCACCCAUAUCAUUUUUCAACGUUACCUAAGUCAAUCUUUGAUUUUAGAGUUUCUUCUUCGUUUUAUCAUCCAUCAAUCUCAUUGACUUUGAAAGGUGUUACAAGAUGUGUGCAAUUUAAGCCUUUACAUGUGUUUAUGUGUUUAAACGAGAUCAUUCAGAAAUGCAAAUAUGAGGCUGAUUUCAUUUUAAUUCCGAUUCGAAAUAUUAACAGACGUGGGUAGUGCAAGUGAGUGUGCACGUGUGCUUUAAGUGCCUUUAACGAUAAAACAUUCCCAUACAAGCCAACUGAUUAUGCAUUUUAAGGCGGUUUCGGUUCAUCUUGGAGGACGAUUUUGUGUUCAGCGACUGCUAUAAUUUUGAAAAAUUGUGAUAUUUUUGUAGAAAGUUUAUAAUACAUGUACUGUGGUUUGCCCUUCAAAUAUGGUCUUAUGUGUAUACAUGUAGGUCCUGCUCAGUGCUGCCCACGUUCGAGAGAGUGAGGAAACUCACAAGGUCACUCAGGUGGGACUCGAACUCACGACCUGUAGGCCUAUAUUUGAACAUACAUGUAUACGCCUGCACCAAUUGUUCACCUAUAGCUUGCUUGCGUUGGUUAGCCAGUUCGAGUUUACUGACUGAGUAACACAUUCUUUGUUUUCUCCUAACGAUUUGUUUGUUUUGUUCUAAUUCAAAAGGGUAUUUUUCAACCCUAUGAAAAUGCGCUUUGAUUUUAGCUCAACUCCGAUUUUUUUAUUCAAGAUUGUCACAGGUUGAAAGCUUAAUAUUUUUUUAUUGCUCAAAAUGUGUCAAGGAUAAUUGUGUUGUGCUUUGUGUGAUGAAAUUGUGAUCUAUAAAAUGUGCUGCACAACAUUCUAGCAAGGGUGAUGUAUUGUAUUCGCUGUACACUGUACAUGCUUUUUAAAUAAACAUAUCAUUUUGAAUGA